CUUGCACAUCGACGUGCCUUCCUCUCCUUCACGUCCCUGUCUUUCCCUCCUCAUUCCUCUCCUUCCUUCGUCCCACCAUCUCCCACACUUACUUUUGAAAAUCCAUAUUUUUCAUUCUUGUCGUUUUCCUGAUUCUAGUCAAAAUUCCAAUACCAACCUUUUUCAGCGAGUUGUAAAGAACAAACGCCCCACAAGGUCUUUUCUUUGACAUUUCUCCCCUACUGAUUCCAUUUCGGUGCUCCCUUUUCAAAUGGGAGUUAGGUUUUAGUUAGCACAGCCCCAGCUGAGUUCAACAAGCAGAACAGUAAGACGAACAAGAAGAAGAAGAAGAAGAAGAAGAAACUCAGGAGUACAGUUUUAGUUUCUGCAUUUUGCUUGAAGUUCAAACAAACUUGGUCAUUGGAAUUCAUAGAGGCGGGGUCUUCUUCCAUCUUUGUAUAUUCAUGGGGAAGAUCACAACUUCAACACAGCCUAUAGCUCGAGAACCUUCCAAUUAUGACGAGGUUUUCAUGCAGCAGAGCUUGCUCUUUGAUGAUUGUCUCAAGGAUUUGAAGAAUCUGAGAACGCAGUUAUACUCUGCAGCCGAGUAUUUUGAACUCUCAUACACCAAUGAUGACCAAAAACAGAUUGUGGUAGAGACAUUGAAGGAUUAUGCCAUCAAAGCUCUUGUAAAUACAGUGGACCAUAUUGGUUCUGUGACCUAUAAGGUGAAUGACUUGUUAGAUGAGAAAAUUGUCGAAGUCUCCGAAGCUGAGCUGCGUGUAUCUUGUAUUCAACAGAGAAUAAGAACAUGCCAAGAUUUUAUGGAUCAUGAGGGACGAACCCAACAAUCACUGGUGAUCAAUACUCCCAAAUAUCACAAGCGAUACAUCCUGCCAGUGGGAGAGACCAUCCACGGUGCCAACAGAACAAAAUCAAAAUACAUAGGAUGCAGUCUUGAUGAUGAAGAUGACUGGCAUCACUUCAGGAAUGCUGUUCGAGCUACAAUCAGAGAGACCCCACCUUCUACAGUGAGCAAAGGACGAUCCCCAUCACCUUUACAACCUCAAAAAUCAGGAGCUUUUUCGUUCACUUCUACCACACCCAAAAAAGAUUUAGAGAAGAGGGCAACCUCACCAUACCGAUUUCCACUUUUACGAACUGGAUCUCUGUCAAGUCGGCCUACGACACCAAAGUCUAGCAGACCCACGACUCCAAAUUCAAGUAGACCAACCACACCAAAUCCUCCUAUAAGACCAAGGUACCCUUCUGAGCCUCGCAAAUCAUAUUCAAUGAGAUUAACUGCUGAGAAGGAGAACGGGAAGGAUGUGGAACAAGUUCCCAGUAAAAGUAAAAGACUCCUCAAGGCCUUGCUGAGCAGGCGUAAGUCAAAGAAGGAUGACAUGUUAUACACAUACUUGGACGAGUACUGAUUGGGCACGUGAUCAAGAGACCAAAGAACAUGAGAAGAGAAACAACAGAGUUUUGCUUGCCAUUUUUUCAAAACCCUUUUGGGUUGAUAGUUUCUCGUGUUCUUCACACGAGCAUUUAUACCAUAAAUUUUCUGUGUUUCAUUUUUUAUCGGUUUCGUUUCGUUUGUAAUGUUAAGCUUUGAGAGGAAUUCUUCAGGAUCUAAUGAGAUUCCUAGAAUCAUUUCGUGUGGCGUUUCAAGUGUACUACCACCUUUGUGUUACAAUGGAUUCCAUUCUCACAAAUUGUAAAUUUGGCUUCUUCCUCU